AUGGCCAAGGAAUCCGUGGAGGUUCGGCACCUCCAUGGCGAGAUUGCCGACCAAGACAUUAUCAUGGGCAGGACAUCCAAGUCCGGCGUCAUCUUACGCCCCCAGCCGACGAACGACCCGAAUGAGCCACUGAAUUGGCCGCAAUGGGAGAAGUAUGCGACAUAUCUCGUCCUCUGCUGGUUCACCUUCCUAGCGUUUAUGAAUUCUUCUGCGUUCACGGUUGCCGUCAAGCCAAUCGUCAAGGAAUUUGGCAAGACGUCGACAGAAGCAAGCUACUUGACAUCGCUGCAGGUACUUGCGAUGGGCUUUGGCGCCUUGUUUUGGGUGAGCUUAGCUCUCGCAUCUACCCGUCCACCACCUGCUUUAACCAUCUUGCUGCAGAUGCCAAUGGCCAGAAAAAUUGGCAAACGUCCGGUGUACCUUGUGUCAAUCCUCUUCCUGUGCAUCACCAACAUUUGGAGCUACUUUUCAAAAUCAUACGGCGCCUUUUUCGGGCCCUUCAUUAACGCAUACAUCACCCAGUAUUUGGGCUGGCACUGGAUGUGCGGUGUGAUGGCCAUAGUAUCAGCCGUGACCUUCAUUUUCGCUGUUCCCCUUGUUAGAGAGACAGCUUAUAUUGUUCCUAAUGGUGUACGAGAACUCGAUCGAUCCGCUGAGAUGUACGCGCCAAAGAGAAGCUGGGCUGCUUCAAUGUCCCUAACCGCAGGCAUAAACCAAGACGCAUCCUUCUUCGAAUGGGUGUUUGAGACCCUACAGCUCAUGGGUUAUCCUCCUAUCUGGUUCAGCGGACUGACCGUGGGACUCUUUAUCGGGUGCAAUAUUGCAAUCCAGCUCACAGCUUCCCAAACCUUCACGGCUCCACCCUACUCCUGGUCACUGCAUAGCGUUGGAUUGCUGUCCCUCUCAGGCUUCACGGGCUCCGUGCUCAGCUUCUUCUUUGGUGGUUGGCUCAUUGACUGGAUCGCCACUCGCGCUACCAAGCGCCAUGGUGAGCAUGUACAGCCGGAGUAUAGACUUCCGGCCAUGAUGAUACCAGCUGUAAUCGGACCAAUGGGUUUGUUGACCUUCGGACUGGUGAUUGCGACAGGGAAAGCUUGGGCUGGUGCCGCCAUUGGAUAUGGCAUGCAAGGAUUCGGUGCGACGGCUGCUGCGAACAUCGCCGUCACCUACGUGGUAGAUGCCUAUCGCCCAGUCGCUGGGGAAACCAUUGUGAUUGUAUUUGUUCUUCGAAACGUGAUCGUCUGCCUCAUCUCGACUUACAUUUCCAAAUGGUUCGAAAGCCAAGGGUUAAAGAAUGCUUUCGGAGAGCUAGUUGGCGUGGCCUAUAUUAUCCUGUCGUUCACCUUGCUCAUGUAUUUUAUCGGGCCCGGUCUUCGGCGAUUUACUUUGGCGUAUGGCCCGAUGACCAAGUAUACAGCACGCCGAGGGUAG